CUUGCAGCUUGUAGUAUUUGGUAUUGAUCGCGUUUAUUCGCGCAACCUAUACCAGAAUAAGCUCCUUUUUGUUCUCUUCGAUCCCUAUUCGUUUUUGUGUGUAUGAACUCCUAUAGAUUUUAAUUUAUUUUAUUAGGAAUUUGUUAUAAAAAUAAACUACAAUAAAAACCAUAUACUAAGUUUUUUUUUAAAAUAAAGAUUGCUUUGAAAUUAUUUAUCAAUAAAGUUAAUGUGAAAUCAAUUUGUUGCUUUUAAAGUUUAAAGAGCUGAAAUCCAAAUAAUGUCAGAAUCAGGAAGGGAUUAUAUAGGUUUCGCAACCCUGCCAGACCAAGUGCACAGAAAAUCGGUGAAACGAGGCUUCGAAUUCACCCUGAUGGUAGUCGGAGAAUCCGGCCUAGGAAAAUCGACGCUGAUCAACAGCUUGUUUUUGGAAGACCUCUACAAAAACCGAAAAAUCCCAGAAGCUAGCGACAGAAUUCACAAAACAACCACCAUCGAAAAGAAAACUAUGGAGAUUGAAGAACGUGGCGUAAGAGUCAGGCUGACCAUUAUCGACACACCUGGCUUUGGAGAUGCAGUCAACUGCGAAGACAGCUGGAAGGUGUGCACGAAUUACAUAGAAGAACAAUUUAGGCAAUAUUUCACUGACGAAAGCGGUUUGAAUCGACGCAACAUCCAAGACAACCGGGUGCAUUGUUGCUUGUAUUUUAUACCGCCUUGGGGCCACAGUUUAAGACAAAUGGAUCUAGAAAUGCUAAAAAGAUUGCACCGCAAAGUCAACAUUGUCCUAGUUAUUGCCAAGGCUGAUACUCUUACCGCUUCCGAGGUUGAGAAACUCAAAAAGAAUAUUUUGCAUGAUAUUAAGGAACAUGACAUACAAAUGUAUGAAUUUCCUGAAUGCGACAGUGACGAAGACGAAGAAUUCAAACAACAAGAUCGAGAAUUAAAAGCCAGCGUUCCAUUUGCUGUUGUAGGAAGCAAUACAAUACUGGAAGUGGCUGGAAGGAAAAUAAGAGGCAGGCAAUAUCCUUGGGGUGUAGUUGAUGUUGAAAAUCCAAAACACAGCGACUUUAUCAAACUGAGGACAAUGCUCAUUUCAACUCACAUGCAAGAUUUGAAAGAUGUUACAGAAGAUGUUCACUAUGAAAAUUUCCGAGCUCAAUGUAUCUCGCAAAUAUCGCAGCACGCAAGGGAAAGGGGUUUUUCAUUUUCCAGAAAGCUUAAACGCGAUUCUGCACCCUACGAGUCUGACAAUAUUACCGAAACUGAUCGUUUGUUGCUGCAAAAAGAUGAAGAAAUUCGUCGUAUGCAAGAGAUGCUUAAUCAGAUGCAAGAAAAACUCAAAGGAAACGCUCAAGACAGGAAGCACGAAAGUAUUAUCGAUGUUUAGGCAAUAUGUAUUUGUGUGUGUAACAUUUUUUUAAAGCGAAUCUGUGUCUAGAACCAAAGAAUCUUAUACAUAAAUAAUGAUAGUUGAACUUUUUUUCAUAUUUAUAAGCUAUUUAUUAUAAUUAUUGUAAUUUAUUAUGUUAUUAUUAAAAACAUUUAUUAGAUUAUUUCAAUGUUUUCCUAAAAACUACUUUAGGUCUCCGAUCUUUGAGCCAUUUGAAACGCUCAGGAUUUCUGAAAAUGAAGUUUCUAUGGUUGUUAAUGAAUGAUUUCAUAGCAAUUUUCCAAAAUCUGAACGGUGAAUAUCUGCACCUGUGAAGAGUAACGAAAAGUACAAAAAUAAAAUGUAGAUGUUUAAUAAAAUACUCAUAAUAUUCAAAAAUACAUUUAAAAACAUUCCUUCUCUAAAUAAACUAACAAUUUCCUAAUAUAAUAAAAGCUACAAAAUAAAAAAAUCUUACAGGUUUAAUACUACUUGCAGGUAAAAGUCCAUGAUUCUGGCAGUUUAAAAGUCUUGAUAAAGCAAUAAAAGCACCACCUAAUAAUACAAUAAGCUUAACUCCUAUUAUUACAAUGUUAAAUCGCCAUAAUAGUUGAGAUAUUUUUACUCAUGGCACAAUUUCAUUGAUACAAUUAAACCCUAAGCUUUAGUUGGUGCACUUUUCAAAGGUUGUCCUUCGCCCGUUGCCGUUUCGUCUUCUCCUCCAGCUUCAUUCCACGGUUGUUCUUCUCCCGACCCAAAUAUAGUAAAAACAAUCACUUCAACCACAUACAUGCCUACUGUUAUCCAGAAAAGUAUCCUCCAAGAACUUAUAGAUGGCUAAAUAAUAAAACAUCAUUAAUUGAAAUAACUAUAAAACAAAACUUACAUCUUUUUCUGUUAAAGCACUAACAGCAAACGGUACCGCAAUUCCAGGUAUAGUAGCAAUACAAUUGGUUACAGCUACUAAAGUACCGGCAAAGUUGGGUGCAAUAUCGAUGUGAUUGGCCAAAAACCCGCAAAACAUAGCGCCUAUUGCUGUUACAGCACAAGUCAUUAGAGCUACGCUGAUUUUUUGAUCUUCCACAUAGCACAAGCAAACAAAACAUAUCAAAGGUACAACACUGGCAACUCCAGUGGCUAUUUUUCUUGCAGUAGUAGUUGUAAUCACGCCUUUAUUCCUCAAAGUAUCCAUAAUCUUACUGAAGAUCAUCGAAAAAAUCCACAUGGUGAGGAAUGGUAGAGCAGUUAAAAACGAGUUGUCAGCUAGUUUGAAUUUGAGUACCGUUUUCAUGUAUAAAGGAAGCUCUACCAGUACCAUGUACCAACCCCAAUUGGAGCAAGUAUGGGCGAUUAAUAUGGCCAAAAAGGCUGGAGAUAGCAUUGAAGCUUUCCAAGGCAUUUUCAACUACAAAUAAUUCUUUAUGUAUUAUAAAUGAGUUAUUUUUUGGGUUGUAAUUACCUCUUUUUUGGGACCACCUUGGUGCAACUGAGUCAUAAUGUAAUCUCGUUCUUCUUGGCUGAUGAGUUUUUGUUUGGACGGGGUGUCGGCGGUCAAGAAGAUCCAGAAUAUGAGCCAGAUUGCACUGGCGCCGCCCUCAAUAUAGAAAAUCAGCUCCCAAUUGAGUUUGGCUCCGAUUAUUCCGGCCGCGAGCAUAAAU